CGUAAUUCUUUCUUCAAUUUGCUCCAAUUCUUCAAUUUGCGAUUCUAUAUUUGAAUCAUUAUUAUUGGUAUAUAUUACUUCUACGUAACUUUUCUAUGUAACAAUUGCACAACGUAUCUUCUUCUCUCGGGUCGUCACAGCAGGUUGAUGAUGUACGGCGAAGAGGAUGAUGAUCGUGGCGAUGCCAAGUGAAGGGGGAGAGAGAGAUCAUUGGCAUAUCUUCGAGAGUGGGAGGAAGUAGUAGGUUCAGUCCGCGCCGAACCGCCGCGAAGUGUGGAUUCAGUGAACGAUUCACACGAACUGAUCAGUUUUGCCUUUGUCUAUCAUUGAUUUUGCAAUUAUCGCGUGAUUGAUCGUCCUUUACAUUGGAAAUAACGUAACGAAUGUUGCUGAUCAAGUACCUCGUAGGGAUUCCGCUUGAAAGCUUGAAGUCCGGCCACAGUGAGGCGUCAUGAAGGAGGUCCAGGAGCAGCAGCAGCCGGAGUCAAUGGAAUCCAACGAGUCGGUUUCCGGUUCGAACGAGUACGCCUAUCGACCGCUCACGACAAAGCACAGAAGGGCCGGAAGUACCGGAACAACCGGCGACGAGGAAUACACCACGGACGAGGAUGAGCUUUACACGGAUGAAGCUGAUUGCUCGAUCGGCGCUACGUUACAUCCGCCUCAUCCCAUCCUUAAAUCAGACCUCGCGAGAGCAGCCACGGAUCUCUUCGGAUACGCCGCUAAGCGCGAGGAUGAAGACGAAGAACCCACUAGUCUGUUCGAUGAGGAUGAUAACAAGUUCCUAGGUGAUAGCUCAACCAAAACCACUCCACUAUUCGCGUACAACGAAAAGCUACAAGGUGUUCUAUCGAGACAUCGAAAUCCAUCGGAAGAAAAUAUCUGUAAAAAUGAUUUUAGUCGGAAGUACCAUCGAAGCAAGAAUUACUGUGCGUUCCUAAAAAAAUCAGCAGCCCACCAUCGCCUACCACACUUCCGAUUGAAUACAGUUGAAGCUGCGGGAGAAACAAGCGAUGAGAAAAUUGAUACGGACUCGACAAAGGACGAUAAUUCCCAUGAAUCCUCGAAGAAAUUCUCUCUUCCCAAAGAUACAAAGGUAAUUUUAUUUUUUGGUUUACCUUUGAGUAUUCUUGACGUAUAAAAAUAAAAAAAAAAUAUUAAUAAAAUAAUAUUACUGUGCGUUCCUAAAAAAAUCAGCAGCCCACCAUCGCCUACCACACUGCAAUGGGAAAGAGCAGUGGCCGAAGUAAAAGAGCAUGCGGUGGCAAAGCUGCAGGAAGAACUUAAAAGAGCUCAUGAGGAAUUGAAACUGAAGGACGAGGAAGUGGCUAGACUUUCGCGGAUCAGGCAAGAUGUAGAAGCCGAGCUCGAAGAACUCACUGCCAGUCUCUUUCAAGAGGCACAUAAUAUGGUUCGAGAAGCUAAUGUACGCCAGGCAACGGCGGAGCGUCUUCUAGAGGAAAGUCGCAUGAAAUCGGAAGUGCUCGCGGCCGAAGUAGCAGCUUUGAAAACUUUGGUGCUCACAUCCACACCGUCAAGGCCCAAUCCUCAUUUGCAUCCUCAAAUCGACAUGAAAGGUCGUCUUAAUAAUGGAGAGGAGGGUCAGCAAGGCCUUUUUAUGAAGAAACAUCGAAGAUCGCCGUCGCAUUUUAAUUUAAAAUAUGGUCGCGAAAAUUCGCCGCCUGAUUCGCCGGUGAAGGAGCAAAGGUUGCCGUUACCGAUUGACAAGGAGAUUCUCGAGAGGGAUUGGAAGCGGGAACGCGAAAAGGAGAAAGAAAGGGAAUGCAAAGACUUCGGUUUGGAAGUCGAUCCGAGAGUGCAUACAGAAUUUCUCAGGUGGAAGGCGAAUCCUUGCGUUGACAAGAGCGAUUUCUUCGUUGCGAGGGUAUUUAGGGAGGAUAUCGACUUGUGUUUAGAUUUUCCUAAUAAAGAAUUGGGAGCUAAAGUCAGACAAGCCGUUCUGGACGGCAUUAUCUUUAUCGAAGCGGUCAGCGACAAAACAAAACUCGCUUUUCCCAAAAAAUGCGCACUGUUAGAGGCACCACGUCAAUGUCAUUAUCGUAUGCGGCUUGGUGAUCAAGAGAAUCAAUGGCACUGCAUUUCGCAGAUUUGUCGCAAUCGAAUUAUAGCGGUGUGUGAUUUUCUUAAUUAUUUGAGAUACGUCGAGCGCGGCCUCGUCAAAAGCUCAGUUCAUGACGUUUAUUGGGAAAUCACGCGGCUAAGAAAGGAAAUGGUUUUCGCACGAUUGGGUCUGGCAUUGUCAUCCUGAGGUACGCGCAGGCGAGAUGUUAUUUAGUCUCGAAUUAAUUUUAGCCAGGGAUUUUUUGAGAGAAUCAAUCGUGCGUAGAUUACGCAAAAAAUUGAUAUAAUUUAACGACUAUCUCGUCGAUCAUCGGCCUUUCACCUAGCAAAGGUGAUAGUACCAUCAUUUUUGAGAUAUCUAGAGUCUCUCUAAUUCUGUCAAAUAAUUCUGACGAUAACAAUGUUUCCAAGAAAUUUACAUGUUGUUGAAGAGGCUAUAUUAUUUAUGAAAAGGUAUGUGUAAUUUAUUCAUGGAACUUUCUUCUCUUUUUUAUUUUCAUAGCGCGAUCGAUGAAUUAACUCGCUGCAUUAAUUUAUUUCUACUUCUUUACACACAUACAUUACUCAGGAUUAGAUUUGACAUUAAGUUCCAAAAGAAGCGUCAUUUUUGCCACACAUGAAUUUCUUCGAAAUAUUGAUGCCUUCUAUGGCAAAUUUUAGGUUUAGUUAUUUGCAAACAAGUUAAAAGGCGACAAUGAAGCUGAUUACAAGGCUGUGAAUGAUCUUGACAGGCGAAUCAGUUCGAUGGUACUUCUAUAUGAAAAGUGUAAAUAAUAGAAGAGAUUUUUGAGAUAUUGUAUCAUGUUUUCUCUAGUUUAACUGAACAUCGUCGAACUUAUCGUUAAACUCAUGUGAAUUACAACGUUUAACAAUUGAAUUUUAACGUGUGAAUUAUAACAGUUCAAUAACAAUUUUGAAUCUAUUGACGUUUAUUCCAUGAGAUAUUUAAUGGUUAACACAAUCAUAUUAUAUAAUCAUAUUAUGAAAUUACAUGAUAUCGCGUGAUUUGGUAUUAACAUCAAAGGAAGAAACUCAGUGUUUAUGAAUUAUUUAUAUUUACAUCUUAUAUCGUAUUUAUGCAGAUCAGUUUUUGACCUGUUAUUGUAUUAAUUUUUUUAUUUGUAUUACAUAUUUUGUUGUGUUAAUUUAUCGAUUUAUAUAUUGCGUUAAUCCGAUUUUAUUAAUUAUUGGUUAUUAAUUAAGAAUUUAUUACAAUUCUUAAGUGUUUGUACCAAAUCCCGUGACUGUAAAAUUCGUCAUUUAAAACUAAUUAUACUCAUUGUUGGAUCAUGAUGACUAUAUAUAUAUAUAUCUACUUUCGAUAUUAUUACUCUUAGGAAGGAUUUACAUCUGUGUGGACCAUACGAAUCUCAAAAUUCUUAGUGUACAUAGAACUAGGAACUUCUAUAUCAUGUCUCAUAAUACUUCUACACGUCUAUCAUAAUGCGUCCGGUUGUAUGGAACAUUUGUUUCUACUCUACAAAUAUUAAUCUGGCAUGUUGAAAGUAUAGAUUCUUUGAUAGAGAUUACGUUAAUAUGUCAAUCAAAACUGACAUUUACGUCAGUUAUGUAUUUUCUGAGAUCGUAUAUAUAAAUAUCUAUCAUAUAUUUUGUUUACUACGAGAAUAUUUUCGAGUUUGAAUUUCGAAUCGCAAUAUGCUAAUCGAUUUUUUAGGUAAAUAAUCUCUGCAACAAUUUGCUCGAUAUGUGAUUCGAAAUAUUUAAUUAUAAAAAUGAUCGAGAUGUAUAGUUAUUUCGAUGUUGUAAGACGAUGCUGAUUUAUUAGGUUCUUAUUUAGACUCUGUGUUGUCUUCCAUUAUUUAACUACAUUUGCUAUGACAGUAAGUAAAAAUAUGCAAAACGAUUUAUAGAUUAUGUAAUUGAUCACUUUAAAUCAUGCCAAGCGUACAAAUUGUGGCCAACGAUAAAAACGAAUAACGUUCCGUUGGAUAUUUUCCAACGGGACGUGGAAAAAGACUUUUUCUAAACAGUUUUCUUCUGUGAAUAGAAAAUGUGUUGAUUGUAUAUCAAAUGUGUAAAUAGAAUCUUCUAACAUUACUUGAGAUAGAAACUUGUAUUUAAAAAUGAAAUAUAAAUUAUCGCUAUUGCAAAAA